AUGGUGUUUGGAAGCAUUUCAUCUUCAGAUAGUGAUUCUGAACCUGAAUCAUCAGAAGCAAGAUUGGGUGAUUGUGAGGUUUGUGGCACGAAUAAAGCAAAAUACACGUGUCCUAGAUGUGAAGUAAAGACUUGCUGCCUGGAUUGUGUCCGAAUUCACAAAGCUGAACUAGAAUGCAAUGGAAUCAGGGACAGGACCAAGUUUGUUAGAGUUAAAGAUUUUACAGAUACUGACCUAUUAAGUGAUUACAGACUGCUUGAAGAAUGUGCUAGAUUUGUGUACUCUGUUAAAAGAGAUGAGAAAAAGAAAUUUACAAGGAUUGAUAAAGAUUUGCCAAUUCAUUUGUACAAACUUAAAUUAGCUGCAAGGAAAAGGGGUAUAGUUUUACAAUUUCUAGCAAGAAAUUUCUCAAGGAACAAAGUAAAUACAACCAAAUUGGAUUUUAAAAACAACAUUAUAAAUUGGAGGGUAGAAUGGAUGUUCCCAAAUGUAGAAGAAAAACCCUUAAAGUUCACAGAUGAGAAGUGCCCUGAAAAUGUCAAGCUGUCACAGUUGUUGAGUAAAUACUUGAACACAGAUGUAGAACCUUUUGAGGGUUCUAAAGCCCUGACGUUUUAUAGGUCAGCUGGUUUCAGUGGGGUGAAAGUUUUAUUGAAAGCUGAAAAAGUAAAAGGUUCGCACCAAAAGUUUUUUGAACUCGAUCUUUCUGAAUCACUUUGUGAGAAUUUAUCAGGAAAGUGCAUUAUAGAAUUCCCUAUUCUGUUUGUUGUGCUAAAGGACCAUGCAUACAACUUCGACAUUAUCACACCAGAAGAUGAAUUUGAUUAUGAAACACCUGAUAAAAUGACCAAAGAAUCAGUACCUGAUUCAAGCCAGGACACUAUCAAGUCUGAAGAAUCAUCAUACAGAAGAAAAAGAUUAUUAUUAACUGAGAAGGUAGCCCAAGAGAAGAAACAGGAAAUUGAAAAGGAAAUCAAGGAACAAAAAAGGAAGCGGCCAAAAAAUCUCUUAUUUACAACAGGUUAUUCAUCAGAAGAGAGUAUACAUACCGAUAGUGAAGAUGAUAAGCCAGCAAAUAAGUAG